GCAUGCUCCGUGACGAUUAUUCGGACUGGGAUGCCGCGAACUUGGCUGUCAGUAGGAAGUGAGGAUGGCGGCGUACCCCGGCUUGGAGAUGGCCUCUAUGAUCCCGGCCCUGCGGGAACUGGCGGGGGCAAAUCCUGAAUCUUAUGAUGCUGUUGUUCAGAAACCAAGACAGAUCCUGUGCCAGUUUGUAGACCGGAUCCUUACUGAUGUUGACGUUGUGGCUGUGGAGUUAUCCAAAAAGAUUGAGUGUCAGCCAAGCUCUGUAAUGUUGCUGGACUUUAUUCAACACAUCAUGAAAUCAUCUCCACGUAUGUUUGUCAGUUCCAUGAAUAGUGCUCAAAAUGAAGAAGUUGAUCGCAACUGUAUUGAAUUUAGUAAUUGGAUAAUCACCAGGCUACUCCGCAUUGCUGCCACACCAAGCUGUGAACCUUUACACAAAAAAAUUUCUGGAGUCAUCCACUCUUUACUCUUCCUUUUCAAGAAUAAAAGCCCUGUUCUUUUUGGAAUCCUUAGCAAUGAUUUGUUAAAUCUCUUAGAAGAUCUAAUUAACUUGAAUGAAAUAAGCUUAGAAAGGUCUGUGGACUGGCCAGUUACAGUAUGCAGGUUUUUGUGCAGCUCAAUGGAAAACCAGUUCAACCUAAGAGCAGCACCCUUUCAGGUGCAGCACAUGCAGCAAGUGGAGUGUUUGGAGACCACAUUGUUAAUGGUUCUGGCUGAUGAUGACCACGAUAUCUCUGCUUUUUAUUUUCAAAGGCAGAACCUUAUACUGUGGGGAAUAGGAUGUUCUUUGCUAGACUAUGGAGGAAUGCAGCUUAAGAGUCUGGCACUGAAUUUCCUAAGAGAGCUUAUCAUUCUGGGAGGACCACCAGAACAACCUGCACAUUUUUUCUUCACUGUAUUUUUUGGAAUGUUGGCAUGUGUAAAAGAUAUGGAUUUGGAAGAGCAGUUGCUUUUUGAGACUCCAAUAUUAAAGCUGGUGAAAGUGCUAUUCUCAAUGGAGCCUGAGUCCUACACAGGCAUAGGACCUGUCUAUCUUAAUAUGUUACUAGCAAAGCUUGCAGCCUUGUUUGAUGGUGGAAUACUGAAAGAUGUUCAGUCCAAUAUUUUGAAAGAAUCAUUUUGUCAUAUGGCUUACUAUUUCUUAUCUGUUGUUCCUCUGGGCUAUGAGUCUGCUAAGGAGGUUCGGAAUCAACAGGUUUCUUGCAUCUGUAAAGCUUUCGUGGACAUUCUUGGAGUUCAGAACCAACAUAUGUACUUGAUCCCUUCACUGUAUGCUGUGCUGAGAAGAGAAGGCCUGGAAGUUUUACAACAACUGCAACAGGAGGCACAGAUCACAAAUACAGAUUCUGAAUAUGGUGGCAGCAGCAGUGAUGAAAUUCAGGAGAAACGGCCACGUUUAAGUUUAACAGCGAAGGCUCGGAAGAAACAAAAGCCAUCUGCAGGGAGACAUACAGUGGAUGCAAGGUCCAAGAUUGCAUUGUGGAAUUCUCUAUAUGGGCAGUUUUUGUCUUUGCUGCAUGCAUUGGAAGGAGACGAUGUGUCUGAAGACAAUGUGGUCUGUUCUUUAGAAGGCAUUGCAGUAGUACUGCGUGUUGCUGCUCUUUGCACAGCACAUGUUUCUGAACCUGAUUCUUUCAAUGGUACUCCCAAGGGCUCGGGGCUUCAUGAGAACUGCAACUCUCAUUUGGCAGAUAUAAAACCCCAACUUUCAUGGGUUGCAACAGAAGAAAUUGUGAGAGUAAUUAAAGUUUGCCAGAAGCUUCUUAAUUUAGGAUACCAAGGAAGCUGUAUGGAUGUCAUUUUAAUGAAGUUGGUGAAGAUCUUUGAUGCUUUUCUUUACAUGCAUGUGAAAACCCAAUUCCCGGAUCAGAUGCUUGUAGAUUUAUGUGCGCUGAUGUCCUUGCCUUGGCUUCAUGAUGUUUUAAAUCGUUCUUCUCUGAAUGUGACAGCAUUUGACCCCGCCCUUGUUACAUUAAGCCUCAAAAUUUCUCAGAGUUUCUCUCCUAAAAUUCAGUCCCAGCUUGUUUUUCUUCUGUCGUUAUUUCCAAUUACGACAAUGCCUGAAUGGAGAUUAAACGUUUACCACUGGUUAUUGGAAAGUCCACAUGAGAUUGUCCGUGCUCAAUGUGUAAAAGGUUUUCCUAUACUAAAGCACCAUGUUAAUGAAGAGGCCUUCAUUCCAAUCCCUAAGUCUCUGUUGGACCACUUGAAUGAUAUCUCAGAGCUGGUAAGAAAGGAGUUUGCCAAUGCAGUGAGCAAGUUAGCUUUUGGUCUUUCCAUUGACCAUCAUGUGCACACAUCAGCUAUGGAACCAGAAGGUGAUCUGAUUUCUAGUACCCUAAGGGUGACUAUUUUACCUCCACCUGCUCCUUCUGUUAUUGGUGCUUCUGUUUUCAAGCCUUUUCUUUCACUGUUGGACCAAAACACACCAAGCUCUGUAAAAUUGGCUUUCAUCAGGAACAUUCCUGAGUUGUUUAAAAAUUUGAAUGUUGAAAAAGAUGAAAUGGAUAUGAGAGCCAUGAUUAAAGCAUUACUUAACCUGAUGGAAGAUCCUGAUAAAGAUGUUAGAAUAGCUUUCAGUGGGAAUAUCGGAUAUAUCUUGGAGUCAGCAAACUUUGAAGAAGGUUCUCUGAAUGAGCUAUUGGUUGGAAGGAUAAAGGAAGCCUAUACAAAUGCUAAGAUGUCAAGGAAUAAUGAGUUAAAAGAGACUUUGAUUCUGACAACGGGUGAUAUUGGAAGAGCUGCAAAAGGAAACCUGGUACCAUUUGCAUUACUACACUUGUUACAUUGCCUGCUUUCCAAAUCCCCAUCAGUGGCUGGUGCCUCUUACACAGAAAUCCGAUCAUUGGCUGCAGCAAAGUUGGUCCGGUUACAGGACUUUUUCAGCCAGUAUAAGAAACCUAUUUGCAAAUUACUUGUGGAGUCACUGCACACAAACCAGCAAACUCUUCUGAACAGCACACCAGGUAGUAGCAGUGAGAUGCAGAAGCAGGAGGCUGCACAGCACAGGGUAGCAGCCCUUGAUGUAUUGUCUGAAAUAGCCAAUGUAUUUGACUUCCCUGACUUGAACCGAUUUUUAAACAAAACAUUGCAACUAUUGCUUCCAUAUCUGGCAGCCAAAGCCAGCCGGGCAGCCUCUGCUUUGAUCAGAACGAUUGCCAAACAGCUCAGUGUAAACCGUAGAGAAAUCCUCAUCAAUAACUUCAAAUACGUCUUUUCUCACCUUGUUUGCUCAUGCACCAAAGAUGAGCUUGAAAAGUCACUUCACUAUCUAAAGAAUGAAACCGAGAUUGAACUGGGCAGUUUACUGAGACAGGAUUACCAGGGUCUGCACAAUGAGCUGCUGCUCCGGCUUGGUGAGCACUAUCAGCAGGUCUUCAAUGGACUGUCUAUUUUGGCAUCCUUUCCAUCCAAUGAUGAUCCUUACCAAGGACCCAGAAACAUCACUAAACCAGAAAUAAUGGCUGAUUACCUGCAACCCAAACUAUUAGGAAUUCUCGCUUUCUUUAAUAUGCACUUGCUGAGUUCCAGUAUUGGCAUUGAAGACAAAAAGAUGGCUCUGAACAGUUUGGUUUCUCUGAUGAAACUAUUGGGCCCCAAACAUAUCAGCUCUGUACGAGUUAAGAUGAUGACAACUUUAAGGACCGGCCUUCGUUAUAAAGAGGAAUUUCCAGAACUUUGUUGCAGAGCUUGGGACUUGUUUGUUCGAUGUCUGGAUCAAGCAUACCUUGGCCCCCUUCUCAGCCAUGUCAUAGUUGCUUUACUGCCUCUGCUACACAUCCAACCAAAAGAAACAGUUGAUGUGUUCUACUAUCUCAUAGUAGAGAACAGAGAUGCUGUCCAAGAUUUCCUUCAUGAAAUAUAUUUCCUGCCGAAUCACCCAGAGCUGAAGCAAAUCCAGAAAGUUCUUCAGGAAUUCAGAAAAGAGACAAACAAAAGCACAGACCUUCAGACAGCAUUGCAGUUAUCAAUAAAAGCCAUUCAGCAUGAAAAUGUUGAUGUCCGUAUUCAUGCUUUCACCAGCUUAAAGGAGACACUUUAUAAAAACCAGGAAAAACUAUUGCAGUAUGCAACAGACAGUGAAACUGUGGAGCCAGUUGUUUCACAGCUGGUAACUGUACUGUUAAUUGGGUGCCAGGACGCCAGCCCACAGGCAAGACUACUGUGUGGUGAAUGCCUUGGACAACUGGGUGCAAUUGAUCCUGGAAGACUGGAUUUUUCAACUAGUGAUGCACAAGGCAAAGGCUCUACCUUUGUUACUGGGGUUGAAGACCUGAAUUUUGCUUAUGAGCUGCUCUUAGAGUUGACUAGAGCAUUUUUGGCUUAUGCUGAUAAUGUCCGUGCUCAGGAUUCUGCUGCUUAUGCUAUUCAGGAGUUGUUAUCUAUUUAUGAGUGCAAAGAAGGAAGGCUGGACUGUCCUGGACGGAGGCUAUGGAGGAGAUUUCCAGAACAUAUUCAGGAGAUAUUGGAGCCCCAUCUUAAUACAAGGUACAAGCGUUCCCGUAAAGCAAUAAACUGGACUAAAAUAAAGAAACCAAUUUACCUAAGCAAGCUGGGUGACAACUUUGCAGACUGGUCUGCAUCCUGGGCUGGAUACUUGAUAACAAAGGUCAGUCAUGAGCUUGCUAGGAAGGUCUUCAGCUGCUGCAGUAUCAUGAUGAAACACGACUUCAAAGUGACCAUAUAUCUUUUACCACAUAUUUUGGUUUAUGCAUUGCUGGGAUGUACCAAAGAAGAUUACCAAGAGAUUCAUGCUGAGAUUAUGGCAGUGUUGAAACAUGAAGAUGCAGGGGCCCGGCGAUUACAGGACAAUGCCUCUGAUCUCAGUCAGCUCAGCACCCAGACAGUGUUUUCGAUGCUGGAUCACCUGACUCAGUGGUCAAGGGAAAAAUUUCAGUCGCUUCAGGCUGAAACCGGUCCUAAAUCGGGAGGUCGCGGAGAAGUUAAGGUUGUCUCCCAGGAGGACAGUGUACAGUACCAAAAUGUGACAAAAUUCUUAGAGCUUAUACCGCAAGAUACUUUGGCUGUGGCUUCAUUCCGUUCCAAAGCAUACACCAGAGCUGUUAUGCACUUCGAAUCAUUUAUCGUGGAAAAAAAACAAGGAAUCCAGGAGCACCUUGGAUUUUUGCAGAAACUGUAUGCUGCUAUGCAUGAACCUGAUGGCGUGGCUGGGGUCAGUGCCAUUCGUAAGAGAGCGGCAACUCUGAAAGAACAGAUAUUGGAGCAUGAAAGUAUUGGUUUGCUGAGAGAUGCCACAGCCUGCUAUGACCGAGCGAUUCAACUGAAACCAGAAGAGAUUGUGCACUAUAAUGGAGUGGUGAAAUCUAUGCUGGGCCUUGGUCAGCUCUCUACUGUAAUAACUCAAGUUAAUGGAGUGCUAAACAGCAGGCCUGAAUGGACUGCAGAAUUGAACACCUACAGAGUGGAGGCAGCUUGGAAGCUCUCACAGUGGGAUCUAGUGGAGGAAUAUUUGUCUGCAGAUAAGAAAUCUACGACGUGGAGUAUCAGACUUGGUCAGCUGCUUCUGUCCUCUAAGAAGAAAGAAAGAGACAGGUUCUAUGACACACUGAAAGUGGUGCGAGCAGAGCAGAUUGUACCUUUAUCGGCUGCCAGCUUUGAGAGAGGCUCCUACCAACGUGGAUAUGAGUACAUUGUGAGGUUACACAUGCUUUGUGAGCUGGAGCACAGUGUGAAGAUGUUACUGGAUAAAUCUCUUGGUGAUUCACCUGCAGAUUUUCUCAACCUGCAGGCAAGGCUGGAGAUGACACAGAAUUCCUACAGGGCUAGGGAGCCCAUUUUGGCAGUACGCAGAGCAUUGCUAACUGUCAGUAAAGGGCCUCAUUACACUGAUAUGGUUGGGCAAUGUUGGCUCCAAAGUGCCCGAGUUGCACGCAAAGCAGGUCAUCAUCAGGCUGCAUACAAUGCCCUUCUUAAUGCUGGAGAGACCAGGCUGUCUGAACUCAAUGUUGAGCGUGCUAAAUGGCACUGGUCAAAGGGUGAUGUGCACCAGGCCCUCAUUGUUCUUCAGAAGGGAGCAGAGUUGUUUCAGUCUGACAGCAGUGAACAGCAGCUUAUCCAUGGGAGAGCAAUGCUACUUGUGGGGCGAUUCAUGGAGGAGACGGCUAACUUUGAGAGUAAUGCUGUGAUGAAAAAAUAUAAAGAUGUUACCAGUUUGCUGCCGGAAUGGGAGGAUGGGCAUUUUUACCUUGCAAAGUACUAUGACAAACUGAUGCCAAUGGUGACCGACAACAAGAUGGAGAAGCAGGGUGAUCUGAUAAGAUAUAUUGUUCAUCAUUUUGGGAGGUCUCUGCAAUAUGGAAAUCAAUUCAUUUACCAGUCAAUGCCUCGAAUGCUAUCUCUGUGGCUUGACUUUGGCGCUAAAGUCUAUGAAUGGGAAAAAGCUGGCCGUGCUGAUCGUCUGCAAAUGAAAAACGAUUUGAUCAAAAUUAACAAAGUUAUAACAGAUCAUAAAAAUUAUUUAGCUCCAUACCAGUUCCUGACGGCCUUCUCUCAGCUAAUCUCUAGAAUAUGUCACUCUCACGAUGAGGUGUUUGCAGUAUUGAUGGAAAUAGUGGCAAAAGUGUUUGUGGCUUAUCCUCAGCAGGCAAUGUGGAUGAUGACUGCUGUGUCUAAGUCUUCCUAUCCGAUGCGUGUAAAUCGAUGCAAAGAGAUACUUAAUAAGGCCAUUCACAUGAAGCCCGCACUUGGAAAAUUUAUUGGAGAUGCCACAAGACUUACUGAUAAGCUUCUGGAGCUCUGCAACAAACCUGUGGAUGGAAACACUGGGACUUUAAGCAUGAGUGUCCACUUCAAACUGCUUAAGAAGCUGGUGGAGGAGCCAACGUUUAGUGAGAUUCUAAUACCACUACAGUCUGUUAUGAUUCCUACACUGCCAUCCACUGUUGGAAAGCGUGACCAUGCCAAUCAUGACCCCUUUCCUGGACACUGGGCAUAUAUUGCUGGCUUUGAUGAUGCUGUUGAAAUAUUACCAUCUCUUCAAAAGCCCAAAAAAAUUUCAUUGAAAGGAUCUGAUGGAAAAUCCUACAUUAUGAUGUGUAAACCAAAAGAUGAUCUCAGGAAAGACUGUAGACUCAUGGAGUUCAAUUCCCUGAUUAACAAAUGUCUGCGAAAGGAUGCAGAGUCUCGAAGAAGAGAACUUCAUAUCCGAACCUAUGCAGUAAUCCCACUGAAUGAUGAGUGUGGCAUAAUUGAAUGGGUGAAUAACACAGCAGGACUAAGAAACAUACUAAUCAAACUAUACAAAGAAAGAGGCAUAUACAUGAGUGGGAAAGAACUUCGCCAUUGUAUGUUGCCCAAGGCAGCUCCCUUGCAGGAUAAGCUGAAGAUAUUUAAGGAGACUCUUCUGCCUCGGCACCCACCUGUAUUCCAUGAUUGGUUUUUAAGGACAUUUGCUGAUCCAACAUCAUGGUAUAACAGCAGAUCAGCGUACUGCCGUUCCACAGCUGUGAUGUCCAUGGUUGGCUAUAUCUUAGGCCUUGGAGAUCGCCAUGGAGAGAAUAUUCUGUUUGAUUCCCUCACAGGAGAGUGUGUCCAUGUAGAUUUUAAUUGUCUCUUUAACAAGGGUGAAACAUUUGAAGUUCCAGAAAUUGUCCCAUUCCGGAUGACACAUAACAUGGUUAACGGAAUGGGUCCUAUGGGUACAGAAGGUCUUUUCAGACGUGCAUGUGAAGUCACCAUGAGACUGAUGAGAGACCAGAGAGAACCACUAAUGAGUGUACUGAAACCAUUCCUGCAUGAUCCUUUGGUGGAAUGGAGUAAACCUGCUCGUGGGGGUACUAAAGUUCAAGCUAAUGAGACUGGAGAAGUUGUCAAUGAAAAGGCUAAAACCCAUGUGCUUGAAAUCGAUCAAAGACUGCAGGGUGUCAUAAAGACAAGAAAUCGUAUCAAAGGCCUUCCACUGUCUAUUGAAGGACAUGUUCACUAUUUGAUUCAAGAAGCUACUGAUGAAAACCUUCUGAGCCAAAUGUACCUAGGAUGGGCACCUUACAUGUGAUCACUGCUGGAAGCCUAGCAAACUUACUCAUUGGCAGCUUUUACAUUCCACCAAUUUUUUCUUUGGUCCUCAAGCAGCCCCAAAACCUUGGGUGGUCUGUGCAGAUACACACGUGUUGAUUUGUCCCUGCCUAAGCCUGAUUAUUAAUGUGAUGGGUGUCCUCAGUGAAUAAUACUGAAUAUUGAGGGUUGUUGCCUCUUUCUAAAUUCCUAAAUGAAGCUUUAUCACUUAAUUUGUUGCAGACCACUAUGUAAUGUGUGAUAGUCCAGGCUGUAUUUGUCAUUUUAUUCUUAAGUAGUUUAUUACAAUCUCCUAAAGGAUAGGAGAUAACUUUCAAAGUCCUUAUGUUGGACUUUCUCUAAGGAGAAGACCCAUGUAAAAAGUUUAUAAAUGUCCUACAUGAGAACCUGCUGUUUUAAGCAGUGAUUAGGUAUACAAUUUUCUGUUCUAAUGUUUACCACAAAUAGACUAAAAAAUAUUUUGUUAUAUUUGUUGUCAUUUUCUUAUGACUGUACUGUGACAAUCUAAUUUAAAUGGGUUUGUAAGAAUAAAGUUAUUCUGUUCAGUAGGUAA